CUUUCACCACCGAUGCGAACACUUUUUUGAAUUACAAGCCACUUUUUCUUGGCGCGCGCGCGGCUGUAUUGCGCGUUUGUUGUCCAGGCGGAGGAGGACCAUGGCAGCUGUGGCUGUACUGCGGAACGAGACACUUCAAGCUUUUCUGCAGGACCGCACUCCCAACUCUUCCCCGGAGAACUGCAAGCACUCCCCGCUGGCUCUCCUGGCCGCCACCUGUAACCGCAUCGGGCACCACCACCACCACCACCAUCACCACCACCACCCGUCCGACUUGUUCCAGGUCCCUUACGACCCCGCCACGCUGGGCUCCCCGUCGCGCUUGUUCCACCCGUGGACUAACGAGGCCUGCAGCCCUCCGAGCAACUCCACUUUCGGACUAGCCUCCAAGCCCCCGCAGCAGCCGCUCGGCUCGUUCGGCCCCCCGCACGAGCUGCCUCUCACCCCGCCCGCGGACCCCGGCUACCCGUAUGACUUCUCCCCGGUGAAGAUGCUGCCGUGCUCCAUGCAGUCCGCCUGCCCGCCCACCUACGUGCCGGCCGUCAGCUACGCGGCGCCGGCCCCCAUGCCCACCUUCGUCACCGGCCACGCGGCCCAGAGACAGCUGACGCCCCCCAACCCGGCCGAGGACGUCCCGUGGUGGAGCCUGCAGCAGGGCAACCGCUUCCAGCUGCAGCGGGGCCUGGUGCUUCACGGCCCCGCGGCGGACUUCGCCCAGUACCAGACGCAAAUCGCGGCCCUUUUGCACACCAAGUCGCCCCUGAGCACCGCGCGCCGCUGCCGGAGGUGCCGCUGCCCCAACUGCCAGUCGGCGUCCACCUCCGGGGGCGCAGACGAGCCGGGCAAGAAGAAGCAGCACGUCUGCCACAUCCCGGGCUGCGGCAAAGUCUACGGCAAGACGUCGCACUUGAAGGCGCACCUGCGGUGGCACUCGGGCGAGAGGCCCUUCGUGUGCAACUGGCUCUUCUGCGGCAAGAGCUUCACGCGCUCCGACGAGCUGCAGAGGCACUUGAGGACUCACACCGGCGAGAAGCGCUUCGUGUGCCCGGACUGCUGCAAGCGCUUCAUGCGCAGCGACCACUUGGCCAAGCACGUCAAGACGCACCAGAACAAGAGGAGCAAGUGCGCGCCGGACGUCAAGAGGGAGGACUCGAGGAAUCAUUUUCUGUGACGAGGCCUCGUGUUCAAAACACCACAAAGAAAAGUCUUUCGUGCAAUAGUACUUUUUGGGGGUGGGGGUGGGGGUGAGCUCUCUUUCUCCUUUAGUGCAACAUUUCUGGCUGUGUUGUGUGUUUAUAACCGUGCACAUGGGACCGCAGAAAGCUUUGAAAUCACUGAGACUUGUGCUGAUCUUCGCUGGAAGCUUAGGAUUCGAUUGUAAAUACUAUUUAAUAGCUUUUGUUGAAUGAAAGUGUAAAGUUUUUUUCUUUUUGUUUUUGCAUCAUAGGGAGGUGUUUUUGAGCAUGCUCUUGAGAACAUUUGCUAUUGUUAUGACCUUAAUGUGAGAAUAAAGAAUAUAACUUCUUUUUUCUUUUUCUUUUUUCAAUUUCAGUGCAAUUCAUUUACCUCGCCGCCAGUUAAAUGUUAAAUGGGACUUAUUAUGCGUGCAAGUUAACCGUGUCAAACUCAAGUUUCCAC